AUGACAAGAUCAUCUCGAAGACCUAGACAUGUGGUUGAAGGCGCGGUCCAGGCUGAGGCCCAGGCACGCCACUUCGAACCGGACCUCCGAAAGUUGGACGACCAGGAACUGGUCCGCCUGGGACAGGUCCGCUGCCUCUCGUGCCGAACGGAGGGGCAGCUGCAGGCCCCGAUGGAUGAGCUGGGCCUGGACGCCCUUGAGGAGGGGCAACCGGAGGGCCUCUUGGAGGCAUCGCCGCGGCAGGUCGUGGCCCUGCCGGUGGCCACCUGGUCGGGCCCUCUGGCGGGUGAGGAGGAGGAAGAGGACGAGGAUGAUGACGACGACGAGUAUGAACUAGCGGACGAGUCUGACGAGUGCGAUGACUUGCGACCCAUUGUGUCUCUGCUAGCAAUUGAAAUCUGGUCAAUGGCCACAGGCUGA